AGCAUCAGCACUCUGCACCACGCCUCACCUGUUACUCAGCAGUCAUGUCAUCUGUUACUGCCAACACUUUCUGAGUUACAGGGAAAAGCAGAAAGGUCCAGAGAAACUCCAGUGGAGCAGGAGAACCAUGGAGGGACGGAGAAUAACACUGAUCAUGAACCUGUGGCUCCUCAGUAGCCUGAAUCUGCAACAUGCAUCUGCUUUCAACCUGGAUAAUACCACCGUUCUGAGGAAGAACGGAGAGGCUGGGAGUCUGUUUGGAUAUUCCCUCGCAAUGCACCACCAACUCAAACCUACUGAUCAGCAACUCUUGCUGAUUGGUGCUCCACAUGCGAAAGCCUUACCCAGUCAGAAAGCAAACAUAACUGGAGGUCUCUAUCGCUGUAAGUUCACAAUGCAGAGUGAUGACUGUGAACGGAUCCCCGUAGACACUGAAGAUGCAAAGCCAGGACAGGGAAAAGAUCACCGGGAAAACCAGUGGAUGGGUGUGCAGGUGAAAAGCCAGGGCCCAGGAGGAAAAGUAGUGGUUUGUGCUCACCGCUACCAGCAGUGGGAAAAUGGCAAUCAGCUAGUACUGGGCAGGUGCUUCAUCUUGACAGAGAACCUGAUUGUAGAAGACACGAAGAUGUUCUGCCUCAAUCGGGAAAGAUCUAAGGACCAGUUUGGUUACUGCCAGCAGGGCAUCUCUGCAGCUUUCACCAAAGACAACUAUGUAGUGCUCUCGGGGCCGGGUGCCUAUGAAUGGAAAGGUUAUGUCCGCAUGGAGCCUAUCGAAUACAGUUUUCGGAAUUACUAUGAAACUGAAGACCACAGUCUCCUUUCUCUGGACAUCAGCAGCUAUUUAGGCUUUGCUCUGGACUCAGGGAUGAAUCUGUUAAAGAAAGAAGAGCAAGUUAUAGUGGCUGGAGCACCACGCUCCAAUCUCAGUGGUGAUGUUCUGUUCUUAAAGCCUGAAGCUGUGGAAGAUCAGAGGAGUCUGCGUGUAGCUCACAUCCUCCAAGGCCCGGGUCUGGCGUCCUCUUUCGGCUACUCACUGGCUGUAAUAGACCUCAAUGCAGACGGAUGGGAUGAUCUUGUGGUUGGUGCUCCUCAGUACAGCUUGACGGACAUGGAGGCAGGAAGAGGAGGCGCUGUUUACGUCUACAUAAACCGUCAAGAUGGCCGAGACUGGGACAGAUUACAGCCAGACAUUCUUACUGGCAAUAAAGACUCCAUGUUUGGACUAGCGGUGGCAAACAUUGGGGACAUCAAUCACGACGGAUACAACGAUUUUGCAGUUGGAGCACCUUAUGAUGAUGGUGAUGGUGCAGUGUACAUUUACCUCGGCAAAACUGGACACUUUUCACAGAAAGACAACCAAGUUUUACAGGGUAAAUCCCAUAAAGUCAAGCUGUUUGGCUAUUCCCUGGCUGGAAACAUGGAUAUAGAUGGGAACGGCUAUCCAGACUUAGCCGUGGGCUCACUUUCUGACAGUGUACUUGUCUACAGGUCUAAACCAGUGAUUAGCAUUGAGAAAUCUUUGACAUUAGCACCUAGUGAGAUGGACCUCCAGGAAAGAGACUGCCAGAAAGAUCACUGCAUUAUAACUGCUGUAUCCUGCUUCUCCUACACGACCUAUCCAGGGACAUAUAACCCCAGACUGCAGAUUUUCUACAAGCUGAAUGCUAAUGAACAGAGUGUUCAGGAAGGUCAUCAGUCCCGCCUAGUUUUCUGGAGCAAUGAUGAAGGAAAUAUUGUUCUCGAUAAACAGGAUAAAAAACAAUGUGUGCAAAGCAGCCUCCGACUCCGGGCUGACAUAGAGAACAAGCUUACAGAAAUCCCUGUCAGUGUGUCAGUGUCUCUGCUGCCGAACAGUCCUCCUCAGACACUGAGCCGAAGCUCUCUACCUGCUCUCCAGCCAGUGAUCAAUGAUCUCCAGCCUCAGGAAAGCACAGCAAAAUUCAUGUUUUUGAACCCUGGCUGUGGAAGUGAUAAUAUCUGUCAGAGUAACCUGCAGCUGCAGUACAGCUUCUGCACCAAAGACCAACAUCGGGAUGAGUGUUCACCACUAGCCAGGGAGGAUGGAGUGGCAGUGAUCUCCCCUGGUGCUGGGAACACGGCCCUGGAGAUCACUGUAACGAAUCGCGGAGGAGAUGAUGCUCAUCUCGCUCAACUGCAUGCAAACUUUCCAGAAUCUCUACCUUUAUCAUCGGUCAUCCUCAAACAAGAUAGUAAACUGAACGUGCAGUGUGAUGUGGAUGGGAGUAAAACAAGAGCGGAAUGUAAUCUUGGAAAUCCUUUCAAAAGAAAUGCAGAGGUAACAUUUUAUCUCUUGCUAAACACUGAUCGUCUGACCCUGAGCAUAACAGACGUCAACGUGACACUGAAUCUCCAGACGAUCAGCGUGCAAAAUAUUUCAGAAAUCGUUGCAGAGGCUCGAGUUUUCUUUGAGCUGUAUCUGCAAAUGUUUGGACUGGCCAAACCUUCUCAAGUGUACUAUCGAGAAGUGGAGAACAGCAAACCAGAGGAGGAGAUCGGAGAACCUGUGCAGUACGAGUUUACAAUCAGUAACAUGGGUCGACCUCUGGACUCCCUCGCCUCUGUGACUCUCAACAUCCAGUGGCCAAAGGAGAAUAAAGAAGGCAAGUGGCUCCUGUACCUGCUGCAGAUCACCGGAUCGAACAACCAGAGCAUCCCGUGCAGUCCAGUCUCGGAAAUCAGCCCUCUCAAACAUGCUCAGGAGGUAAAAAACGGCAGAGGGAAACGGCAAGCAGAAGUCUCAGCUCUCAGCACUGAUAGACUCCUGUCCUUAUUUGGAAGCAAAAAUCGUUAUGAAUAUCUGACAUGUGAUGAUAAAUUAAAGUGUGUGGAGCUCAGAUGCCACCUAAAGGCAGCAGACAGAACUGCAGUUACUCUGAACGCAAGACUGUGGAGCAGCACUUUUGUUGAGGAAUACAGAUCCCUGAAUUAUCUGGACAUUGUACUAAAUGCUUCUCUCAGUCUCAAUGGAUCUCAGAAGAACAUCAGGCUUCAGGAAUCUCCCACACUGGUGAGACUGACAGUGUCACCAGAGAAGAAGCCGACUUUUCUCAGUCGAGUCCCCUGGUGGGUGAUUCUGCUCAGCGUGGUGCUCGCACUCUUGCUACUCAGCCUCCUGAUCUACUUCCUGUCCAAGAUGGGAUGCCUCAAAUGUGCGAUGUGUACUGAAAAUAAAGGAUAUCAUAGCAUUAAUGAAAAUCAUGCUAGAAAAUAGAUGUCUAUGCAGGAAAAUCGACAGAAAAGACUUUUGUGGUUCUGUGAAUAUUUUAAUUUAACUAUUUACAGUUACUAUUUGCUAGUGUGUGUGUAGUGUGUAGUGGUGAGGGAAUGAGUGCAUUUUUAUCAGUUCCACUAUCAUCAGCGUCAUUGUUGACAUCAAUAUCAUCAUCAUCAUCAUCAUCAUCAUCACAGUCAUCAUCAAUGUCAAACUUGUGAUUAUUGUAAACAUCACCAGCUCCUUCAUCAUCAUCACUAUCAUCAUCAUCGUCAUCAUCAUCAUCAUUGUAAUCAACAUCAUCAGCAUGAUCAACAUCCUCAUCAUCAUAAACAUCAUCAUCCUAAUCAUUGUCAUUAUUGUUAUAAACAUGAUCUUAAAGGUUCUCCUUAAAGGAGUUUUCCCAUCAGAAAUGGUUUCAAAUUGAAUCAAUUUUUGGUGGCUAAAAACUCUUGAAGAUCUUUUGAAGAACCCUUUUUUUCUAACCGGGCAAGUAUGAGCUACAAAAUUAUCAAUGCUAAUUUUUUUUCUUAAUACCUGUCAGGGAUUUCCAUUCCUUAACCUAGCAUCUCUUGGUACUUUGAAGGCAUGGUUCUACUUGGAAUGCUUUCUGAUUGGGAAAUGAUCUGUUGUGGGGUUCUAUACAGAAACUUCCACCAGAAAGACCCAAAGAACCCUUAAGGUCUUAAGGGUCAGGUAUUUUCUAAGAGUGCACAUAUUGUACAGAAUGCGCUGUUAUGCUCUUUUUCAUUUUUGAUAAUAAACAACUACUCAGCUA